GGUGCAAGGCUAUCUAAGGAUUGGUGCACCCAUUUCAGUAAAUGAAAAUGUGCACUGUGUACAGGCUUAAACCAAUAACGCUUUUCUGCCCCCGAAAAUGAUUUAGGGCUUCGAAUUUGUGACUUCCGUCCUGGCUCUUGCUUUAUUCCUGCUUUAUCAAGACUGCUAGGUCCAGAUGCCGACGCCGUGCCGAAGUGCGGGCUCUGUGCCCGUGUCGCGGUCGGGUCCGGGCCCUGGCGGUCGCCGGCGGCCCCGGCUGGCGCCACUGCCGUCGCUGCCGGCUCCCAUCACCACGCUGGAUGCUGCCGCCGACGGCGCCAAUACCGUCUCCCAGCUGAUCGAGACGGGCGUCCCCAGCUGCCUGGCCAUCGAGGCGCUGGUGGAGCUGGCCUGCCGCUCUCAGCGCGGCGCCGACUGGAAGGUCAUGUACAACAUGAUGCGUCACCAGCUGGUCAGCAUGCGCCUGCUGCCGGCACAGAGCGUGCAGCUGGAUCCCCUCCGGCACAUGUACCAGAAGAUGUUUACCAGCCUGUUCGUGACGGCGCAUCAGGCGUCGCAGCCGGCGCCGCUGACGGACCAGCCACUGCUGCGGCCGGCCGCCGGCGCCGCGCCGUCACUCAGCCCCUCGCGCUACCUCUCCGAGUUCGAGGAGCUGGCCGUGCUGGGCCGCGGCGGGUUCGCCGUCGUCUGCCGCUGCCGCAGCCAGGUGGACCAGCAGGAGUACGCCGUCAAGCGCAUUCCAUUCCGGUACCACUCGGCGGCGGCGGCCGAGCGCACUGUGCGGGAGGUGGCCGUGUUCGCGUCGCUGGACCACCCCAACAUCGUCAAGUACAACACUGCCUGGCUGGAGGCGGCGGCGCCGGCGGCCGGCGGCGAGUACGACCAGAAGACGGACCUGUAUAGCCUGGGCGUGGUGACGUACGAGCUAUUCCUGCCGUUCGGCACGGCCAUGGAGCGCGGUCUCGAGCUGCAGCGGCUGCGCGACGAGGGGCGCUGCUCAGCGGACGUGGCGCGGACGUGGCCGGACGUGGCGGCCGCCGUGCUCGCCAUGACGGCGGAAAGCCCGCCGCUGCGGCCCGCGUGA